AUGGAACAACAAACAACCACUUAUCAACAACAUCACAAUUCUCCGAAUUUAAUUCAUGAAAUUAGUAAGAAGAGGUACAACACUGGAGGCACUUCGAAAGUGUAUGUACCAUCCUUCUUUUCGGAGGAAGAUUGCAUAGUUGGUCUCCAAAACUAUGACGCCUUUGAUCAACAACCUUUACUCACACCAGACGAAGUUGUCAUAUCAACAAAGAAUUUGAUAUUUGAGGUAUAUAAUGGUGAAAAUCACUUGUUGAGCUCUCUUAAGUACACUCUUCGAGUAUGUACUGUGAAUUGCAAUUUGAACUUGUGGGUACAAGUGGAACUGGUGUGUGGAAUGACCAAUACUCCAAUCGUUUGUGUAAAGAGUGAGAGAAAGGGAAAACGAGGUAUUAAGGGAAGGUGUUGUCAAGAUUUAGAUGUUUCAAAGCAUGGCUACACAAAAGCUAAAUUGGAAUUCAGAUUUAGAGAAACUAGUAGUGAUCAAACAGUUGACAAAUUCAGAUUGAAUGUAAAUAUCUUCAAUGACUCUGCAUUGUUACUAACUUUCAAAUCUCCAAGGUUUAGAACUGUUGUUCGUUCACCUCAGAGGGGAAAAAACAAGUCUAACAAGGAAAUAGUACAUUUACCAAAGGAAGUGUCUCUAAUCAACACAGAGAUUGGAGAAGAGGAAGUUUUGGAAGAUGAAAAGAAAAGGAAAAGAACUAUUACAUCUCCAUCACAACAGCAUAAUGUUUCAAAUAAUAACAUUUCGUAUUUUUGGGUGAUAAGAUACCCGUUGAAGUGUUGAGAAUAUUACCACUUCUUCCUCACAUAUCAAAGAGAUCCCUCACUAGAGUGUUAUCACUUGUUAUUAAAUUCCUAACUGGAGAAUUAUUGAAAGAUAAACAAGAAGAAUUAGCCAUUCCACUUAAUGGGCAAUUAGAACGAGAAUUAAAGUCUUCAUGGGAAAAACAAAAGAAGAAAUCUAAACAUGUACAAGAACAAAUUGAUUAUUCGAUCAAGACUGGAUUAUUUUCAGUGAUAUUUACAGGAUUUUAUAUUAUUCUUAGAUCCAUGAUCAGACAAAGAAUUAAAAUAACAUAUUUGAAAGAUCAAUUGAAGGAAAUGGAUUUUGAUGAAGAUUUAAUUAAUUUAUUUGUGGAAGCUUACGAAACAAAGAAGGAGCAAUUUAUGGCUCUCAGUACUGAUAAAACUGGUUGGUUUAACCAUAUUGUGAAUGUAAGGUGGAGAGUUGAUGUCACUAUCAGUAAUUCAGUAAUGAGUAAGGUUUUCAAACCAUUGAUUUUAUUGCAAUUUGAAUUGUCCAAUUCAAGAAUUGUCACUAUGGAAGUAACUUUGGAACAAUUCCACAAAUUACGUCUCUCAGUUGCCACCAUUCUCAAUGAUAUGCACAAUAUUGAAAGUCACCCAAUUAUGAAAAUUAAAGAAUAAUUUUUCUCCAAAUAAAACUUGUAAAGUAUC